CAGCCUUUCGGAUUCAGAAAAAACACCAGAAAAAAAAAAGUGCAGAUUUAAUCUGAGUCAGGUGUGAAGUGGGAGGAGGUGAUUCUAGCUUCACAGAGAAUCGAGGCACUUCUCUGGAGCCUGGACCCCAUCAGACACAGCACAUGCUGCAGGCUGGAAGAAGGUCCUUAUCCUGAAUCAAUUUCUUAUUCUAGCACUGUUUCUGCUGCCAUGAUAACCACGCAAGGAACGGAACAGACCUCCGUGGAGGGCGGCCCUGCUCUGCAGUUCCUGGAGCAGGCAACCGCUCUACGCUCCCAAGUGUGGAAAAGGAUGCAGAAGAAGUUCUUGAAGGGUGAACCCUUGGCUCUCGGGGUUGUGCAGAUUAUAAUUGCCCUGAUUAUCUUCAUCUUCGGGAUAAUAAUGAUGACUCUCAAGUGGUUCAUUUAUGGACCACUUAUAAUUUCGGGGUACACAGUUUGGGGGUCACUGAUGUUUAUUAUUUCAGGCUCCUUUUCAAUUGCAGCAGGAAAAAGAACUACAAAAGGAAUGGUCCGAAGCAGUCUAGGCCUGAACAUUGUCAGCUCUGUGUUGGCUUCCACAGGGAUGAUCAUCACUAUAAUUAAUGUGGCUAUUUUUACCAACUUUUACUAUUACUGUGACUACAAUGAGAUUUCGGAUCAUUGUGGGACCAUGAAAACUUUAAUGGGUCUGGAGUGUGUGGUGCUUAUUCUGAGUGUGCUAGAAUUCUGCAUUGCUGUGUCCCUCUCUGCUUUUGGAUGCAAAGUGAUCUGCUGCAGCCCCGGUGAGGCCCUGAUAAUUCUGCCACCAAAUCCUCCUGUGACAGAAACAGCAGCUUGUGCACCUUUUAAGGAGGUGUAAUGCCACCAUCAAGAGAAAAAUGUUCCAGAAAAUCUAUUCUUACUUUAACUCAAGAACGCAAUUUAGAAUCCCACUCUGAUUUGUGUGUGUGUGUGUGUUUAUAAAUUCAGAAUCGUGUUCUCAUUUUUCUCCAGGAACUUGACAACUCAAUCCUCUGUAUCUUUAUCAGAAUAUUUGAAAUUAAAUAAAUAAAGCAUGCAUUUAAGGGUCAGCA